CAGCGGGUAUCGCAUCAGCCCAGUUGAUGACGCACUAGUGUCCGCUGCCAUAUCGUAGCGGGGACGGGAGUGGAGCGAGCACGGAGGCGCGCGCGGGCGCGUUGGGGGACGCGGCUGUCGGUGACUGCGAAAGGUAGCAUAGGCGCACGAGUCGCUUGCUGCGGUGCCAUAACGCAUAACAGCACAGCUGCGCGCACCACCGCUACCUGGGCAAGAAAGAAAUCCUGAAACGGCGGCGUAUGGCCUGGAAGUGACCAUGCCGGACUCGAUGAGUGUCGCGACGCGAAGAACGGGGUCCCCCUUUUCGCGGCCCUCGAACCUCGCCGUCGCGCUGCCGCGAUUGAGCAGCAAACGACGACGCCUCCUCUGGCUUGUGCCCGUGUUCGUGAUCGUCCAGUUCGCGUUCUUCCAGCGACAGCAGGCCUCAUCCGAUGCGGCGCGCUUGGAAGACUGGACAACUUUUGACUUCGGGUCGACGACUACUGCAAGACAGCCACGGUAGACCGGAGUGCGUGCGGCCUUCGAUCGAAGACUUUCCUGGUGACUUCUUCACCCAGGAGGAGCGACGACAAGGAGGCGUGGUCAUUCAUUUCAUCAUAGUCAUCUAUCUAUGCGGCGUCCUGGGAUACAUCUGUGACGACUACUUCGUUCCUUCUCUGGAGAUAAUAGCUGAAUCUCUUAACGUUCCAAGUGACGUUGCCGGAGCAACAUUUAUGGCCAUCGGUACUUCAGCCCCGGAGCUUUUCUCAUCGAUUAUAGGUUCUUUCAUAACAGAAGGCGACAUCGGUCUUGGCACCAUUGUUGGUUCGGCUGUAUUCAACAUUCUUGGAGUCACCGGCGUGGCCGGUCUCGCCGUGUGGAAAAACGAUGUCCCCAUCGACUGGUUCCCCAUCACCCGAGACUGCCUAAUGUACGGCAUCACAGUGCUGGCUCUCAUUGGUGUCAUCAGCAACAAUAUCGUUGAAUGGUACGAGGCCUUGAUACUGAUCUUCAUGUUUGGUGCCUACAUCGUGGUGCUGUACUACAACUCGCAGAUCGAGUACCUCGCGCUGCUUCAGGUGGAAGCACUACGGAAAAGGUGGUUCCCAGGCACUGUGGGCCCGGAUCCACCAAAGGCGAGCCGCAAGUCAGUCGCCGAGGAAGAAACGCCGCUGCUUGGAGGCGGCGACGAAGAGGCACCUGCAGUGCCCAAGGCUCGGUCGAGGAGGGACUCGGCUAUGUCCGCGGGAGAAGAGCGGCUGCGACGAGACAGUGUUCUCCUAACCGAAAGUGUGUGCAAGAUUGUCGAGCAAGAGGAGCACGAGAGUAUAUGGUCGAUGCCUGACGAGGGCUCGGUCCACCAGAUUCUGUGGGUGCUGUUCUGGCCCGCGCGGUUCCUGCUGCACUUCACGGUUCCGGACUGCAGGCGGCUGUCGAUGCGCAAGUGGUUCCCGCUCACCUUCGCGCUAUCCGUGGUUUGGAUCGGCGCCGUGUCUUACGUGACAGUCUGGAUGGUCACCAUCAUCGGCUUCACCCUGGGCAUCCCGGACUCGGUGGCCGGCAUCACGCUCCUGGCUGCGGGCACCAGCAUCCCGGAGGUCUUCUCCAGUGUCAUCGUGGCGCGAAGCGAUCUUCCUCGAGCUACGUUCAGGUUGCCGUGUGCACCGCCCCUCCACCACUUGAGAGACGGAGGCCGACCGAACUAUUUUGAAAAUGAUGUCCCCAUCGACUGGUUCCCCAUCACCCGAGACUGCCUAAUGUACGGCAUCACAGUGCUGGCUCUCAUUGGUGUCAUCAGCAACAAUAUCGUUGAAUGGUACGAGGCCUUGAUACUGAUCUUCAUGUUUGGUGCCUACAUCGUGGUGCUGUACUACAACUCGCAGAUCGAGUACCUCGCGCUGCUUCAGGUGGAAGCACUACGGAAAAGGUGGUUCCCAGGCACUGUGGGCCCGGAUCCACCAAAGGCGAGCCGCAAGUCAGUCGCCGAGGAAGAAACGCCGCUGCUUGGAGGUGGCGACGAAGAGGCACCUGCAGUGCCCAAGGCUCGGUCGAGGAGGGACUCGGCUAUGUCCGCGGGAGAAGAGCGGCUGCGACGAGACAGUGUUCUCCUAACCGAAAGUGUGUGCAAAAUUGUCGAGCAAGAGGAGCACGAGAGUAUAUGGUCGAUGCCUGACGAGGGCUCGGUCCACCAGAUUCUGUGGGUGCUGUUCUGGCCCGCGCGGUUCCUGCUGCACUUCACGGUUCCGGACUGCAGGCGGCUGUCGAUGCGCAAGUGGUUCCCGCUCACCUUCGCGCUAUCCGUGGUUUGGAUCGGCGCCGUGUCUUACGUGACAGUCUGGAUGGUCACCAUCAUCGGCUUCACCCUGGGCAUCCCGGACUCGGUGGCCGGCAUCACGCUCCUGGCUGCGGGCACCAGCAUCCCGGAGGUCUUCUCCAGUGUCAUCGUGGCGCGAAGUGGACUGGGCAACAUGGCCAUCUGUAACCUCCUGGGCAGCAACAUCUUCGACGUGCUCUUCUGCUUGGGAGUGCCGUGGUUGUUCAAGGCCCUAUUCGCCUCGAGCUCUCACGAGGUGUUCAUCAACAGCGCCGCCAUGACGUACACAAGCGUCACGCUCCUGUCUACGGUGCUCAUUCUGUUCCUCAUAUUCGUACUCACGCACUGGACGCUCAACUACAAAGUGGGCUUUGCCUGCGUCUUCAUGUACGUCAUCUUCAUUGUGCUCGCAUGCAUGUACGAGCUCAACGUCUUCGGAGAGUUCAACCCACCGACCUGCACAUAGGUGGCGCGAUUGUUGCCGUCACUCGCGCUCUUGGACUGACUGUGCGUACGCGCGCUGGACCCUGUUUAUUGGUACAAUGCGUCGUCCGAACGCCGCGGCAGUAUUGAAACGUCGUUAAUCUUUUGUAAUAUAACUACCAAAUGUUGCGUUUCUGGCUUGCACUUGCGUAAGUAAAACAAGUUGCAGGCCACGUUC